GUUCAACCAGGUUUCUACAUCUGCAGGAUCCGAAAAUAACCUGUAACUCAAGAGUUGAAGAACGCCGCAGUAAAGAAUAUGAUGCGAUAGCGGAGAGAGUGUACAUCGCGGCUGUCAAUGGAGGAAGAAUCUUCAAAGGAUGACGAGGCUGCCGGUCAUGGACGCGGGGGUUCGGACGGGGAGGAUCGAGAUGUGGAUCGCAAGAGGCCAUCUCUGUACGACCCAGAAACCCUCCAGCGGCUCCUGGUCGACUGCAUAACGUUCAAGUCCACCAUCCAGGACAUUGAGGUGGUCAUCAAAUGUGGAGCCAAGAUCAACGAACCCGUGAAGCGGGGACUCAAGCCUCUGCACUAUGCCGUAUACGGGGAUUACGUCCCCUGCGUGCAGUUUCUUAUCGAGAAAGGCGCGGGUGUCAAUGCAACAGACGACAUCGGCUACACGCCCAUCCACCUGUGUGCCAGGAAAGGAAACGUCGCCUCGAUGGAAGUUCUUAUUGAGAAUGGUGCGAUCGUACACUCCUUCAACAGUGAUGACGAAGAUGCAAAGGCGCUUGGGUGUUUAACUGUAGAGCCGUUGAAUUUGGCGCUCGAAAAUAACCACGUCGACUGUGUCCGUCUGCUGCUAGAAAAUGGCGCGAAACCAGAUCAUCUGUAUUUCAUGGGAUACGAGAUCAAUUUGAUUCCACUUGAAAACCUGGAGUGUUUGGAGAUCCUGCUGAUGUACGGUGCUGACCCCAAUGUUUUUAACCGGUGUGGAACCUCGCCUCUGAUGAAGGCCUGCAGACAGCAGAACAUCGACGCCUGCAGGAUGCUGUUGAAGUACGGAGCUCAGGUCAACCUCCAGUGUCCUUCCCGGUUUGAACAGAAGACUGCUCUACACUUCGCCAUCGACAAGGGCAACAUCGGCAUCAUCCACAUGCUGCUGAGACAGGGCGCUAGUCCGUCGCGUCCUGACAACUACAAGUUUGCGGCUCUUCACGCAGCUGUCUUGAAGGACAGGCCAGACGUCUGCGAGAUGCUGCUGAGGUGGCGAGCAGACGUGGACGAGAAAACGGACGAGAACGCCACAGCGUUGAUGUUGGCCUGUGCCACGCCGAGUCUCAAGUUACAGAGGGACCUGAUCGAGCUGCUGCUCCAGCACGGCGCCGACCCCAACGCCCACUCCAACAUCCUGAGCUACUCGUCACCCUGUCUGUCCCCACUCACGGAGUACCUGAAGAACAUAGCCGAGAAGGUGACGUACGAAAUAGCGCAUUCUCUCAUCAAACACGGAGCAAGGGUUAACUUUAAAGGAUCCACAUCCAUAGCUAGGCUGAAGGAUCCUCAUGGCGUUUUGCAUUAUCUUCCAAAUGACAAGGUCAAGGACAGGGCAGACAUUUUUGAUUUGCUAGCAGAAGCCGGAAGCUCGUUUGAUGUGCAUGCGAUAAAGCAUUACUCUGGUCUGAACACCAGGGAGAGGUCAAUUCUGACGCAGUUAUCCUCGAAACCAUUGUCCGCCAGACAGCUUGUCAGACUUUACAUCCGGGAACUGAUGAUUCCACGGGUGCCAGAAAAAGUUAAUCGUUUACCACUGCCUUCAGUUGUGAGGUCCUAUUUACUCUUUGGUGUCUAGGGCCACAUGUUUUGGAUAUUGCCGAGUCACGGUCUUCACGAAGAAGGUUUUAGUGACGCUUAAAUACUGACUUCAAAAUAUAUUUGUUGAAUCUUUCCUGAUUUAAUUAUGUAAACAAAUACUAUGCUCAGACUAACAAACAAUGUACACUUAGCAAAUGUGCAGUAUAAUGCAGCAGAUAAACCUCAAUUAGAGAG